GGGAACCCGCUUCCCGCUCCUCCUGCUGCUGCUGCUCGCCAGCGUCCCCGCCUCCCGCUCGCGGGGCUGCAGCGGGGCGCCCCGGCCGGCGGGCGAGGCGCGGCCUGGGGGGGCCCCGAGGGAGCCGCCGCCGCCGAUGCCGGAAGCGGGGCCCGGGGACCCCCGGAGCGGCAGCCGGCGGCUGAAGAUCGGCCUGAUCUGCGCGCUGGGGGCGCUGGUGAUGGUGAGCAACGGGGCGGUGCUGGCGGUGCUGGCCUCGGCCGUGGCGGGCUGGCGCCGCAGCAGCCGCCUCACGCUGCUCUCGCUGGCGGCCGCCGACGCGGCGCUGGCGCUGCUGGUGGUGCCGCUCAACCUGUACGGCAGCCUGGCGCGCGGGGCCCCGCCCGAGCCCUACUGCCGCGCCGCGGCCUUCCUCAACGCCAGCGUCUUCGGCGCCGCGCUCUACUCGCUGGCCGGCGUCUCGCUCGAGCGCUACGUCGCCGUCUUCUUCCCGCUCCGCCACGCGCGCCUGCUGGGCCGGCGCCGCCUCGCGCUGCUGCUGGCGGCCGCCUGGCUGGGCCCCGCCCUGCUGCUGCUGCCCGUCGCCCUGCCCGGCCGCGCCGCCGUCCUGCGCGUGCGCUUCUCGGCCGCCGCGCUGCUCUGCGAGCCGGACUACGGCUCCAACGCCGCCUACGCCGGCCUGCUGGCCGCCGCCAUCUUCUGUCCCGCCGCGGCCACCGUCACCUUCGCCAACCUGCGCCUCUGGCAGGCGGCGCGCGCCCAGCGCCGGCGCGGCGACGGGGCGGGGCCGCCCGGCCAAGGGGCGGGGCUGAGGCGGCUCCGCCUGCUGCAGCUGGACGCCGCCUCCCGGGUCCUAGUGCCCGUCGUCGUCGCCUUCUACGUGUGCUGGGCGCCCUGCAUGGCCACCAUCCUGUACAACGCAAUCACGAAGGACCGAGUUCACGAGUGGCUGGAGUUUGUGGCCCUGUGGCUGCCUAGCGGCAGUGGCUUCCUCAACUGCUUUGUCUACUUCUGGACCAACAGGAACUUCAGGCACAAGUUCCAGAAGAUCGGGCACAAGCUCUGGGGGCCCUGCAGCCGAGCCAAGUGGGAGCAGGACGUGCACAGGAUGGUCACCAUCAGUGCAGCGGUGGAGAGGAGCAGCAGCCAGCCUGCUCUCCCCCUGGACCGCUCCUGCAGUGGGUCGUCCACCAGCACCUUACUGCCCAGAGAAGCACAAACUAGCCUAUAAGCUACUUGGACACUUUCUGUCAGCUGCAGUGUCUACAAAAGGCCGUUGCUGUGCUGGGUUCUAUACAGCGCGCCAGGCUCUUUGUGGCCUGCAAGACGUGCGACCGCCUGGCUUUGUCAAGAGCCUGGACGCUGCUGCCUCCUGCGGGGGCUGGGGCUGCUCUGGCUGUGGGGAAGGAAAUUGUCAAACCUCACCAGAGGAGGCCAAGCGUCUUUCCGUGAGCUUCACCGAAUGGUGUCAGUGGAGAAAUAUACAAAGAGUGUUUGGGUUAAGGAGCCCUUCCUGGGAAGGGGUUUUGUGUGGGAAACUGGUCACAGCAUGGACGUGAGCUUCUGCUAUGAAAGAAACAGGACAUUCACUCGGAGCGAAGUGCCUUGAACCAUCCCAGCUAGGGGCAGAGAAGGUAUAAAGUCCCUGCCGCCCGACAGCCCCACUCUUGGAUACUGUAGAUCACAGGCAACUCCCCCUCUGAUCAGUGCAGUGUGACAAGGUCUCCCUCUAAGCCAAAGGGGACGUGGUUCUCUCCCCGGCAAGCCAGGUCACUCCAGAGUACCUGAUGGGUUGGCAGUAAUGGCUAGUGCCAGGUGUGCAGGAGAAGGCUGGGUGAAGUUUAAGGGCUGAGGGGAAGGUGUGAGAUCCUGACUGCAAAGGGGACUGUCAAGCAGGCAUUACGGUUCAUGCCCCAUGGCGAUUACACCUGCCACGUGAUCACUUCUGAAACCUGCCCAAGGGCCUGCUGCUCUGGCUGCAGACUUCAUACCUCCACUCACCAGGUUCGGAUUCUGCCUCCUGCUCUGUUUGCCAUCCCAGCUGGGUGAUCCUCCUUCCCCUCCCCUCUCACUUCACGGGGACCCUGGACAUAGAAGGACACAAACUCACUUGGGGGGGGAAAUACUUUUAUAUAAUUUAAAAGAGAAAACUGGAGCUUCUGGCGCGACAGUCUGUCUGGUUUUAACACCUU